GCACAUAGCAGGCACUCCAUAGCCACAUGGCCUGGGCCCUGCCAGCCAGGAAUCUCUCUCAGCCGCCCCCUCUCACAGGCUGUGCUCCCCUUAAGCACUGGGGCUUUCUGACUGGGAGCUGCCGAGGGUCCGGCCUUCCUCCCCCAUUUCAUCUCCUAGGGAACCUGAGGCUGGAGAGUGACCAGGCUGUACAUCGACGUCCUCAGACCAUCUGCUGCCAGGGAGAGAGGAGGGGAGAGGGUCAUAGGCCCCUUCAGAGUCCCAGACCCAGCCAGGAGCUGCUGAGACUUUGCCCAGGACAUCUUCGGGUUUCGCUGAGCUGGUUUUCAGGAUUCCUCCCUCCCCCUGGAGUGGGAGGGUGGGGGUCACACUGGUGCUACCAGAAUCAAGUCAAGCCCUCCAACUACACCUGCUUGGGGCCGGACCAGUGGGGCGAUAGCUGCCAGAAUGACCGCCAGUCUCCCAUCAACAUCGUCACUGCCAAGACACUGCUGGACCCAAACCUGGGACCCUUCUCCUUCUCCGGCUACGACAAGAAGCAAAAGUGGGCCGUGCAAAACAAUGGCCACUCAGUGAUGGUGUUGCUGGGGGACGAGGCCUCGAUUGCUGGAGGAGGACUGACCGCCCGGUACCGGGCCAAGCAGCUGCACCUACACUGGUCCAAGGUGAUGGAUUGGGGCUCGGAGCAUAGCUUCGACGGGGAUCGCUUUGCCAUGGAGAUACACAUGGUACAUGAGAAAGAAAAGGGGACAUCGAGGAACACGAACAAGAACCAGGACCCCAAAGAUGAGAUCGCAGUGCUGGCCUUCAUGGUGGAGGCCGGAUCCAAGAAUGUUAACUUCCAGCCCCUGGUGCAGGCGCUGUCUGACAUCCCCAGUCCCAAUAUGAACACCACGCUGAAAGACAUCAGCCUCUUCGACCUGCUCCCCAAGAAGGAGAAACUGAGGCACUACUUCCGCUACCUGGGCUCGCUCACCACACCAGGCUGCGAUGAGAAGGUGGUCUGGACCGUGUUCCGGGAGCCCAUUCAGCUCCACGAGGACCAGAUCCUGGCAUUCUCUCAGAAGCUGUAUUAUGACAACGAGAAGAAGCUGCAAAUGACAGACAAUGUCAGGCCCCUGCAGCCCCGGGGGCCGCGCCAGGUUUUCAGGUCCCAGGCCCCGGGACGGCUGCUGCCCUUGCCACUGCCCACCCUGCUGACCCUCGCGCUCACCUGCCUGACAGCAGGCUUCCUCCGAUGACGACUCAUGUUUGCACGCUUGACCUCUGGUCUCAGCCCUUAAGAGGGCUUGAGCCUCUGUUCCUCAGGCUUCCCGGGUUGGACUUUGGUGAUGAUUAAAAUAUGGACAUGUUUUUGGAGAAA